AUGUUUAAGAUAAAAGUACCUGCCUCGUCUGCCAAUAUCGGUCCAGGGUUCGAUGUAUUGGGUAUCGGGUUGAAUUUGUAUUUGGAAAUCACACUUUCCAACGAUUCUUCCGAUACGUCAAAAGACAAACAUAACGGAAAAAUAAUCUAUAGUGGUGAAGGUAAAGAAAAUGUACCUUUGGAGACAGAGAAGAAUUUAGUGACUGCCACAGCAUUAUAUGUCAUGAGAUGUAACGGGAUGGAAAAAUUUCCUCCUGGAACUGUUAUUGAGAUCCAUAAUCCUAUCCCAUUAGGAAGAGGUUUGGGAUCCUCUGGAGCUGCUAUUGUUGGUGGAUCAAUGAUUGGAAACUAUUAUUUGGGAAACAAAUUCUCAAAGGAAAGGUUAUUAGAUUAUUGUUUGUUGAUAGAGAGGCACCCAGACAACAUAGCUGCAGCAAUGUUGGGAGGAUUUGUGGGUAGUUAUUUGAAUGAAUUAGAUGAAAAGGAAACACAAGAAAAAUCAGUCCCUUUGACCUCAAUUUUACCAAAAGAAGACACUCCAGCUACUCAAAUUGUUUCAAAGCCUCCACCUCACAAGAUUGGGGAAUACUUGAAAUAUAAUUGGAAUGAAAAAAUCAAAUGUAUUGCAAUUAUACCCAACUUUGAAGUCUCAACAGAUGAUGCAAGAUCCAUUUUACCCAGUAGUUAUGAAAAAGCUGACAUUAUCUUCAAUUUACAAAGAUUAGCCAUAUUGACUAGUUCCUUGUCCCAAGAUCCUCCAAAUUCCCAAUUAAUCUAUAAUUCGAUGAAAGACAAAUUACAUCAGCCAUACAGAUCAACCUUAAUUCCUGGAUUGACAAAAAUUUUGGACACCUUGAAACCCGAAGAAAACCCUGGAUUAUGUGGGAUAUGUCUUUCAGGUGCCGGUCCUACCAUUUUGUGUUUGGCUGUGGAUAAUUUCGAUCAAUUGGCCAAUAAGAUUAUUGACAUGUUCAAAGUUGAAGGUAUACAAUGCAGCUGGAAGUUAUUGGAAUUAGCUUAUGACGGUGCAACCACAAAAAAUUAG